AAGAAAGUAAAUAUUUGAUCAAAAUAAGUGCAGAGUUUAGUACCAUUUUGUAAAAUCUGCAGUUUAUUUACACUGUCAACAAGUUUUGGAAUUUGGACCAAGAGUUUCCAGGUUAUAAAUGAAUAAGUAGCAUGCAAAUCAAUCAACAUGCAAAGACAUUAUAAACACAUCAUUUCCAGGUGCUUUAGCCUGGUAGCCAAAGAGAAGCCAAAGAGGCAAGGUCAAAUAUUGAGGACUUUGAAUGGAGAAGUUGACACUUCUUCAGAACAUUUUCAAAACAAUUUAGAACAUUCCAAGAGCCUUGCUGAAAAGUACAAACAAGUGUUAUCUGUGGCUGAGGCUGGUGGUGGUGAAAAGGGAAAACAGCUUCAUGUCGUGCGUAACAAAAAAAUUCUGAUACGAGAUCGCUUGAAGCUUUUAUUAGAUGAAGAUUCAGAGUUUCUCGAAUUGUCGCCAUUAGCGGGUAUGGGAAUGGAAUAUGGCGACAUCCCAUGUGCAAGUAAUGUAAAUGGUAUUGGAAAAAUCCAUGGAAGAUGGUGUAUGGUACUGGGAAAUGAUGCAACCACCAAGGGAGGUACUAUCUUCCCUAUAUCUAUCAAGAAGAACCUACGUAGUCAGAAGAUAGCAGAGGAGAACAUGUUACCUUGUGUGUAUAUAGUUGACAGUGGUGGAGCAUUCUUGCCUCUUCAGUCGGAUAUAUUCCCUGACAGAGAUCAUGGGGGACAGAAUUUUAACAAUGAAGCGGUGAUGUCAUCUAAAGGAAUUCCUCAGGUAGCUAUAGUAUGUGGCAGUUGUACAGCAGGGGGCGCCUAUGUUCCAACUAUGGCUACAGAGGCUGUCAUUGUACACAAGAUAGGAACUAUUUUCCUCGGUGGACCCCCACUUGUUUAUGCAGCUCUGGGAGAGGUGGUCUCGCAGGAAGAUCUUGGGGGUGGAAUGAUGCAUUCUAGUGUGAGUGGUUGCACAGACUACUAUGAAAAAACAGAAGAAGAUGCAUUUCAAACGGGACGUGAUAUUAUUGCUUGUUUAAACAUUGACGAACCUGAGGACCUCAUUGACUUCGAAGACCCCUUGUACAACAUAAAUGACAUCCCUGGUAUCAUUCCAGUGGACAAUCAGCACAACAUGGACAUAUACAAAGUAUUAUCUCGGUUGGUUGAUGGCAGUAGAUUCCAUGAGUAUAAGGCACUAUAUGGGCCAACGCUUGUCACCGGGUUUGCCUUCAUACAUGGGCACCUUACAGGUAUUUUAGGCAACAACCAGGGAAGUAUCUCUGAACAGGCAGCGUUAAAAGCCACAAACUUUAUACAACUCUGUAGACAGAGGAGAUGUCCAAUUAUAUUUCUACAGAAUACAACUCCUGAACAACACAUUGCUCAGACUACAGAGGCAGCAAUUGAAUAUAGUAAAAGAGUGAAGGCCCAAGCUGCAAUGAUGUCUGCCGUAGCCUGUGCAGAUGUCCCAAAAAUAACUAUAAUCAUUGGAAAUAGUUAUGGUGCUGAAAAUUAUGCAAUGGCUGGCAGGUCAAUGAGCCCAAGCUUUCUGUUUGUGUGGCCCAAUGCUAGGACCUGUCUGAUGCAAGAAGAGCUUCUUGGCCAAGAAACUGUCCAGUUGAUGCAUCCAGAAGAUGAGGACCAGGUCUCUACAGUAAAGAGCAAGGUACUGGAGAGAGUAGCUGUUGAGUCUUCCUCAUUUCAUUCUUCUGGUAGAGUUUGGGAUGAUGGCAUUAUCUUGCCUCAGGACACCAGAAAGGUUCUGGCACAGUGCCUCAGUAUUGUGACAUUAAACAUGGACAAGCAAAAUUCAUUCAGUAACACUAGAGACCCAAUUUUCAAGAUGUGAUGUUUUUAUGUUUUUUUUAACGAAAGAGAUGUAUGUCCAAUGUAAAACAAAUUCCAGUGACGUAGCCAGGAAGAAAAAAGCGACGAGGCGAAUAAUAUCCAAAAUGGCGGCUAUUUGACUCAGUCAGAAAUAUGAACCUAAAGUUAGGUAAAACACCAUAAAAAUAUGAACUUGGUUCGAUGGUGACAAUCAAAGAACACGAAGAUAACCGAGUAAUAGAAUAUGCACAAUUGAAUAAAA